AAAUUUGUAUAAAAGACAAAGUGCUGCUCUACCUGAAUGCUUGAUUCCCCACCAUUUCGUUGUUGACGUCUGUCCAGUAUAGAUGUUUCACAGAGGGUAAAGCAUAUACUGCUUGAGUGAGUAGUUAUUUUUGGAUGUCUAAAUGUGUUGCUGCACCGUUUGUGUUCAAAUUUCAGUCGCUUAAAGGGUUGUUUCCCAUUAUGUGUUAGCAUUAAGAUAGCAGACUAAAUGCUAAUCUCUGUGGAUGUUUUAAAUGUUGUUUUACAUUUAAUUCUUUGUUUUAGGUUUAGUUUAAGAGUAAUUUACAGCUUAGAAUGGCCUCUUUUAUGAAGAAUAGUUCAGUUUGCCAAAGUGCUGCUUAUUGUGAAGUGAGUGGAAAUGAAUUCACUCACUCACUUCCACCAUACAUCGCUCGUAUCUCAAGUUUGCACUCGCAAGUCGAAGCAAAACCUAAACCGAAUGACGACUAGCAUAUUAAAAAAAUGUUUUAAAUGUGUAUUCGGGUCACUAUCUUACGACACCACUAUCUUGUUAUUGGUGUCUUCCUAAGUGAUCUAUUCCCCACCAUUUCCUUAAUAUAAACAUCGCAAUGAUGGAAGGGAGAAUUGGUUUUAGGGCGUGGUGCAUUUGUCAGAGUUGCUUGUGCAACAAGUGGUGGUAGGGUAGGAGUUCACCUUUCUUGCUCCAAUCCGGCAUGCGUGCAAAUCCUGGGAGAGGGCGCUGAACGCCGGACUGCACCAUUCCUCUCCACUGGGGAGGCUCUAAUGCGAUCCAUGCGGAGGAGUCGUCUUUUUGCAGUGUGCGCAGAGGAAGACUGGGACGCACACUCGUUCUCUGCUCUCAGCUCCUCCUCCUCCCCUCCGAUUGUCACUCCCUGCUCGGCGGUGCACGAGCCUCCAGUUGAAAGCCGCAUCGCGUCGUUAACGCGGAUACGAGUCUGGCUUCGAGCCGCGCAUCGGAGUGGAGCUCAUCGUCGCCAUCGCUCGGGGUGGGAGCGGGGGCGGUUUGCUUCUCCUAAAAGCAACGCGGGUAGAGGGGUGACGUGCCCGAGCAUGUUCACACCCGAGGCGGCGUCGGAUCUACCUGCGAGUCGGCCGCCGGCCUCACGCCGUCGCAGCCCCGCCACCGCCCCCGCCGAGGCACCGCCACACUCCAGUAAGCGUCACUGAGCAGGAAGGAAGCACUCGCCGGCUCCCAAAAAGCUGCACCAUGGGGUUCUACGGAACUUUGAAGAUGAUUUUCUACAAAAUGAAGAGAAAGUUGGACCAUGGUCCAGAGGUCCGAUCUUUCCCUUCAGGAAAAAAGCCCUGCAAAGGUCCCGAGUACCCGAGCCCAACGGGAAUCGUGCCGUGCCCGGCCACGCCCACCACAUUUGGACACAUCCGGGCAGCCAACGGUCAGGGCCAGCAGAGGCGCCGUAUCACCUCCAUCCAGCCACCGUCGGGGCUCCAGGAAUGGCUCCGGACGUUUCAGAGCUGGACUGGCCCUGAGAAGCUGCUAGCGCUGGACGAGUUGAUUGACAUCUGCGAGCCCACGCAGGUGAAGCAUAUGAUGCAGGUCAUCGAGCCGCAGUUUCAGCGCGACUUCAUCUCCCUGCUGCCCAAAGAGCUGGCUUUGUACGUGCUCUCAUUCCUGGAGCCCAAAGACCUCCUCCAAGCGGCCCAGACGUGUCGCUACUGGCGCAUUCUGGCAGAAGACAACUUGCUGUGGAGAGAGAAAUGCAGAGAAGAAGGUAUCGAUGAGCCUUUGCCCCUCAAGAAGAGGAAAAUUGUCAAGCCCGGCUUCAUUCACAGCCCCUGGAAGAGUGCCUACAUCAGGCAGCACAGAAUAGACACUAACUGGAGGAGAGGGGACCUCAAAUCACCCAAGGUGCUGAAAGGUCACGAUGACCACGUGAUCACCUGCCUUCAAUUCUGCGGCAACCGCAUUGUCAGCGGAUCUGACGACAACACGCUCAAAGUCUGGUCAGCUAUCACGGGAAAGUGUCUGCGGACGUUGGUGGGCCACACAGGUGGUGUGUGGUCAUCGCAGAUGCGCGACAACAUCAUUAUCAGCGGCUCUACCGAUCGCACACUCAAGGUCUGGAAUGCAGAGACGGGAGAAUGUAUCCACACCCUCUACGGGCAUACCUCAACAGUGCGCUGUAUGCAUCUGCACGAGAAAAGGGUGGUGAGUGGCUCUCGGGACGCCACACUACGCGUAUGGGACAUCGAGACGGGCCAGUGUUUACAUGUCCUCAUGGGCCACGUGGCGGCAGUGCGCUGUGUCCAGUACGACGGGCGGCGGGUGGUCAGCGGUGCCUACGACUUCAUGGUCAAAGUGUGGGACCCAGAGACGGAGACAUGCCUCCACACGCUCCAGGGCCACACCAACCGGGUGUACUCAUUACAAUUCGACGGAGUCCACGUGGUGAGCGGCUCGCUGGACACGUCCAUCAGAGUGUGGGACGUGGAAACGGGGAACUGCAUCCACACCCUGACGGGCCACCAGUCCCUCACCAGUGGCAUGGAGCUCAAAGACAACAUCCUGGUGUCUGGGAACGCCGACUCCACCGUCAAGAUCUGGGACAUCAAGACGGGCCAGUGUCUGCAAACGCUGCAAGGUCCGCACAAGCACCAGAGCGCCGUCACGUGCCUGCAGUUCAACAAGAACUUUGUGAUCACCAGCUCGGACGACGGCACGGUCAAGCUGUGGGACCUGAAGACAGGCGAGUUCAUCCGCAACCUGGUGACCCUAGAGAGCGGCGGCAGCGGCGGUGUGGUGUGGCGCAUACGGGCCUCCAACACCAAGCUGGUGUGCGCCGUGGGCAGCCGCAACGGCACCGAGGAGACCAAGCUGCUCGUGCUCGACUUUGACGUUGACAUGAAGUGAACGCAGGGCGGCUGCGCAGUUGUUACCGGGAGGCUGCAAGGAGGAGGAGCUGGGGGGUAAAAAUAGGAGGUCUCUAAAUGCUACAGCAAGUCCCCUAAACCGACACCAAUCUACGCCGAUUGCAAGGGUUCCCACCACACUGAACAGGACCGAUUGUUGGCAUGUACAGAGAACCACCUCGUGAGACCUCGUGAGGAAGGAGAUCUCAGUUUGAAUUUCACUUUGUUGUCGUUCCUGCUCCGUUUGCUAUUUCCCGUUUUGAUCCACGAUGUGAUCGACUUGUGAAUUUCAAAAUAAUUUUUCCCCCGCCUUCCUGUUGCUAACAGCAACAAAUCCAAGUAUUAGAACCCGCCUUCCCCCCCUUCAUUGUUUGUUGGGGGGGAAAAACAGGAACAGGAUCACUAUCAAUGCUGUUAAGUGUUUCGGUCAAGUUUGUGUUCCAGCCUUUCGAGGCCUUGAAUUGUGCUGCCAACUGACCUCCCACCAUGUAUUACCGAAGGGGUGGGGGGGGGUGGGGGGGGAUAGGAACCUAAAUGCGGUCCAGUUUUUCCCUCCAGUUGAUCCACAGCGACGAAUUCUCAUACCACUCAGCCCCGCCGACCAACCUCCUGCCUCAUCUUACAGUGGCAGACAAACACGAACGUCAAUGCUGUCCAGUUCUUCAGUUGAGCUCGGUGGUGUGUUCCUGCCUUCUGAGAACAGGAAUUCUGAUGCACCACAACCCCUAAACAGGAGCAGAAACGUUAUUGUUUAGAGUUUUGCUCAAGCUUGGUGGACUGUUCCAGCCUUCUGAGAUGUUGAAUUCUGCUGCCCACCAAGUGUCCACAAAUAAAAACAGCAACAGGAACGGCAGUGCUGUCCAAAGUUUUCCAGUCGAGCUUGGGGUGUUCCAGUUAACCUCGCACCACAUUUCUACAAGGGGGGAACAGGAACGCCGUUGCUGUCCAGAGUUUUUCAGCCCAGCCAGUGCAGUAAUACAACAGAAGCGAGGAAUUCUGCUGCCCUCCUUCCUCAACUACCAACCUCUGAAAACACCGUUACAUGAAAAAGGAACAGGAACAUCAAUAGCUGGGUGUGUGUUCCAGCCUCACAACUUCUCACAACAAUUUUACAAGGGCGGAAAAUCAGUAUCAGGAACGCCCAUUCUGUUCAGAGUUUUUCAGUCCAGCAUGGUGGUAUAGUCCAACCUUCCGAGGUUAGGAGUUCUGCUUCCAGGGACAGGAACACCAAUGCUGUCCAGAGUUGUUUCAGUCCAGCUGGGAAUGCGUGCCAGUCUAUGGUGAGGUAUUCAACUGCCCACUAAUCUCUCCAGGAACAGGAACAUCACUGCUGUUUCUUCAGUCUAGUUGGUGGUGUGUUAUAUGCUUCCGAUCUCCCACAACAUCUUACGGGACAAAAAAAACAGGAGCGUCAAUGCUGUCCAGAUGGUGCUACGUUGAAUCCACCAUGUCGCCACUGGGAAGAAAAAAAUCUCAUAACAUCAAAGCUGUCCUCAGUUUUUCAGUCCAGUAUUCCAAGCUUCCGAGGCCAGUGCGCAGCCACCCGGCCCUCCACGCUCCUCGUCCUCGACCCACUCCCACCUCCCAGCCCGUGGCCAAACUCGACGAAUGCUGCUAGAUGAACAGGGGGGACGAAAAUAGUCAGAACGUUUGACUUUUUCGCUGUGACGUUUUAGUCCCAGGCGAAAUUCCAAAUUGAACUUUUGUUUUCUAGCGGGGUUGAAAGAAGAUAUAAAAAAAAAAAAAAUAAAUCCUACUUUUUCUUUUGUUGUUGUUUUUUUUUGCCACUGAAACUUGAGCCAAACGUGCCUCUACGAGGCGGAGAGGACUGGAUCGCCUGCGAAUAAAAGGAAGGAAGCAUGAGUGUGUUAGCGUGCUAGCAGACUUGUUCCGCAUUCUUCGGGACAACCAGCAGGAUGAUAGCAAUGCUGCGUGGACAAUACAACUGAUAAAAAAACACUUUACAGGACUUUAAAGGAAAAAGAAUGAACAUAAACGUCCUGGCGUGUGAUUGGUUGUUGUCCGUGUAGGGCCUGCCUACCCGUUGGUUAUUAGUGGGGGGGGGGGGGGGGGUAGUUCAAGUGUUAUACAUGAUGGGCAAAAAUAAAGGUGAACCUUGUAGCCAAAACGUCUCUCCAAAAGUCACAAGCUGAACUGUGAAAGUGGUUGUAACACUGUAUAUUAAACAAAAAAGAAACAACAACAAAACAAUCUUGCUCUUUCUCCUCGUUUUUCUCCCGCUUUUUAAUUUAUGGUCUGGUUCGACAAAACAGAUUUAUUUUAAAUUUUUGUUUUUGUUUGUUUCCGUUCAUGUAAAACUGCCUGGUAAAAAAGACUAGACAGAUGGAAAGAAAAAAAAAAGGGAUUUCUUUUGUGUGUAUUUGUUUCAUUGACUUAGAAUUUUAUUUUCUUAACUUAAAGUGCAAUAAAUUGUGGGUUUAUUUUACUUUUUUUUUUUUUUUUUUUUUUUUUCCAUUUCAAGCGAAAAUCCGUUGUCUGUUUUGUUACCUUGUGUGAAGGAAUCUUCUAUGUUGAAUAAAGCAAAUUAUUUGGGUAAUUGUGUCGUGACAGGAGUAAUUUGAAUUGCUGUUUGUGUUUUGGGUCAAUUUGAUUGGACGAGAUAAAACGCUGCUUCCCACUCAUUGGUCGAAAAUAUUUGUCAUUUUGUUUGACUAUACAUGGUUAGAAACUAUGAAAAUAAACUUGGCUUCAGCCGUUGCUGCUCUAAAUGCUACAAUAUAUACUCCACCAUCGCCACUUUGCUGCAUUGGCGCCCUC